AUGCCUCCCAGGAAAGCUUCAGCUGCCAGUAAGGCAGCUUCCGACGCGAAAGCGGCGGCAUCUGUCAAGGCGGCGGCGGCGAAAAAGACCGGCGCGACAGCAGCAGUCAAGAAGACGGCAGCAACGGCAGCCAAGGCCGACAAGGCCGACAAGACAGAGAAGAGCACGACUGCAGUGGCCAAGCGCAAGCGCGGCGAUGCUGAGGCGGCGCCAAAGGAAAACGGUGUGAGCACAAGCGUCAAGGCUGCGCCCAAGAAGGCCGCUCCUGCUGCGGCUGCAAAGAAGACUGCCGCAGCAGCCAAGAAGGCCAAGGCGGACGUUGUGGACAACAAAGAGAACGCGACGUCUCUCGCCAACGGCGACAACAAGAAGAAGCGCGCCCCUGCGGUGUCCAAGGCGGCUGCAGUGCCUGCCAAGGCCAAGACGACCAAACGCAAGGCUUCAGAUGUGGAGGAGGAGAAGGAGGAAGAAGAGGAAGAGCGGGCAGAAGCUCGGCCGACCAAGGCAGCCCGCAAGACAAAGGAUGCCACGACAGGCAAGGCGGCAGCGGCAGAGGCCAAGGCAGCAGUAGCAGAGGCAAAAGCAAAGGCGGCAGAGGCAAAGGCAGCGGCAGCAGCUGAAAAGGCGGCAGCAAAGGCAGCAGCAAAGGCAGAGGCAGCUGCUGCCACGGCAGCGACUGCUGUUGCAGUGGUCAAGAAGCCAGCUGGCAAGGUCGGAGUCAAGAUCAACGAGGCGCCGACGAAGCCGCUGGACGUGUUUGUGUUUGGCGAGGGUGGUGCUGGCGAGCUUGGGCUGGGAAGCGUCCGGUUCGAGGGCAAGAAGCCGAUAGACGUCAAGCGGCCACGGCUGAACCACAACCUGGCGGCCGGCCGAGUGGAUGUGGUGCAGAUCGCGGCGGGUGGGAUGCACGCGGUGGCACUGACCAAGGACAAUCGGAUCCUCACGUGGGGCGUCAACGACCAGGGCGCACUGGGCCGCAAGACGAACUGGGAGGGUGGUCUACGCGAUGCGGACGCGGAGGAGGAAAGCGACAAUGAGGAUGACACGGGGCUGAACCCGCUCGAGAGCACGCCGACGGAGAUCGAUACAGACGGCUUGAUCAACGGGACCAAGUUUGUGCAGGUGGUGGCUAGCGACAGCGCGACGUUUGCCCUGACGGAGGACGGACGGAUCUACGGCUGGGGCACAUUCCGGGCCAGCGACGGUGUUCUGGGCUUUUCCAAGGACGUGUCAAUCCAGCGGACGCCGACGCUGCUGCCGGAGCCGAGGAAGGUCAAGGCACUGGCGACGGGCUCGAACCACAUUCUGGCGCUGGACACCAAGGGCAAGCUGUACACGUGGGGCUGUCCGGAGCAGAACCAGCUGGGCCGGCGCUGUGUGCAGCGGGACAUCAAAGAGUCGGCGCUGCGGCCGGGCGGUGUGGGUUUCCGGCGCGGCGUGCAGAUCGAGAAGAUUGCGUGCGGCUCGUAUCACAGCUUUGCCGUCGACGAUGGCGGCCGGGUGUAUGCCUGGGGCCUGAACAACUUUGGCCAGCUCAACGUCGAGCAGGGCGCGGGUGACACGGACGCGACCGUGCUAGACGCUACGCUGGUCGAGGGACUGGCUGCCUUUAAGAUUGUCGACGUGGACGGUGGCGAACACCACUCGCUGGCCUGCACGGCCGACGGCAAGUUGCUGACCUGGGGCCGUAUCGAUGGUCAUCAGGUUGGUUUCGAUGCCGGGGCGUUCAACAAAAUCCCUCCUGUGGUUCACGUCAACGCUGGCACGGACAACAGCUUCGCGCUGACGGAGGAUGGAAAGGUCUACUCCUGGGGCUUUUCGGGCACAUACCAGACUGGUCAGGGCACGACGGAGGAUAUUGAGACGCCGACGCUGAUCGACAACACGGCCGUGCGGGAGAAGAAGAUUGUGCAUGCCAGUGCCGGCGGCCAGUUCUCUCUGCUCGCAAGCGAGGCCUGA